AUGCGCGUCCUAGACAACUCAGCAGUCAAGAUCGAGCUCUUCCCAGGCUCGCAGGGCCAACAACCGGGAGGAGAUGCUCAAGCCCAGGCACAGAACGCCUCUCAACAGGCCCAAGGCGCCGCCCAGAGCGCAGGCAAAGCAACCCAGCAGGCAGGACAAGAAGCCGGCAAGUCGGCCCAGCAGACCGGCGAGCAAGUAGCCCAGUCUGCACAAGAGACGACUUCUGGCGCAACAGGCCAAGCACAGUCGUAUGGCGAGCAAGCCUCCAACUACGCCCAAUCCACGCUCGAGAACGCCCAGAAUACCGCCGGAGACUACCAGCAAAAGGCACAAGACAUGGCUUCGCAAUACGGGGAGAAAGCGCAGGGUUACGCUUCUUCUGCGCAGGAGACGGCGGGCCAGUAUCAGCAAUCGACUGCUGAUUACGUUCGUGACACGGGCGAUAGCGUCCAUCAGCAAGGACAGGGCUACGUCCAGGGCACUGCAGACAGUGCCCAUGGCAUGGUGAAGGACAGACUGCCUGAGAGUACGCACGGUUAUGCGGGACAAGCGGUCGACUAUGCCACCAAUGCUGCUACGGGCACGUUGGGGUCGCUCGGUGGUGCGGUGAAGGAUGCUGGGGACACUGUUGGGAAUGCGGGCUAUUCGACCGUUGCUGGUGUUGGCAAGACGGGAUAUAACCUGGGCUCUGGGCUUGGAGGUGCUUUUACGGGGCAGGGACAGAAGAAGGAGGAAGAACAGUAG